GGGGCUAAGAUGAGCAUAACCAGCGAUGAAGUGAAUUUCUUGGUAUAUCGUUACCUCCAGGAGUCAGGUUUCUCCCAUUCCGCCUUUACAUUUGGAAUAGAGAGUCAUAUUAGCCAAUCCAACAUCAAUGGAACACUAGUGCCACCUGCUGCCCUUAUCUCUAUACUUCAGAAAGGCCUACAGUACGUGGAAGCAGAGAUAAGUAUCAAUGAGGAUGGUACAGUGUUUGAUGGCAGACCUAUAGAGUCACUGUCGUUGAUAGAUGCAGUAAUGCCUGAUGUAGUACAGACCCGGCAGCAGGCUUUCAGGGAGAAAUUAGCCCAGCAGCAAGCUAGUGCAGCAACAGCUAUAGCUACAGCAGCAGCAGCUACAGCAAUCACAACUACUACGACAGCCACAGCAGCAACAACUGCUGUCCCACAGCAAAAUACACCAAAGACUGGAGAAGCCACUGUGAAUGGAGAGGAGAAUGGGGCGCAUGCAAUAAAUAAUCAUUCAAAACCAAUGGAAAUUGAUGGGGAUGUUGAAAUUCCUUCUAAUAAAGCAACAGUUCUUCGGGGUCACGAAUCAGAGGUGUUCAUCUGUGCCUGGAAUCCUGUCAGUGAUCUACUAGCGUCAGGAUCUGGUGAUUCUACUGCCAGAAUAUGGAAUCUUAAUGAAAACAGCAACGGUAGUUCCACACAACUAGUUUUGAGACACUGUAUAAGAGAAGGAGGGCAUGAUGUCCCCAGCAAUAAGGAUGUAACAUCAUUGGACUGGAAUAGUGAUGGAACACUCUUGGCUACUGGAUCAUAUGAUGGCUUUGCAAGAAUAUGGACAGAAGACGGAAAUCUUGCAAGCACCUUAGGGCAACAUAAAGGGCCCAUCUUUGCUCUGAAGUGGAACAAAAAGGGAAAUUACAUUUUAAGUGCAGGCGUUGAUAAGACAACAAUAAUUUGGGAUGCUCAUACAGGUGAAGCUAAACAACAAUUUCCUUUCCACUCAGCCCCAGCCCUGGAUGUAGACUGGCAGAACAAUACUACCUUUGCAUCUUGCAGCACUGAUAUGUGCAUACAUGUAUGCAGACUUGGCUGUGAUCGUCCGGUCAAAACCUUUCAAGGCCAUACGAAUGAGGUCAAUGCAAUCAAGUGGGAUCCUUCUGGUAUGCUUCUAGCAUCCUGCUCAGAUGAUAUGACAUUAAAGAUUUGGAGUAUGAAGCAAGACACUUGUGUUCAUGACCUUCAGGCACAUAACAAAGAGAUUUACACUAUCAAAUGGAGCCCAACGGGACCAGGUACCAGCAACCCAAACUGCAACAUUAUGUUGGCAAGUGCUUCAUUUGAUUCUACUGUUCGGUUGUGGGAUGUGGAAAGAGGUAUCUGCACUCACACGUUAACAAAACAUCAAGAACCUGUCUACAGUGUAGCUUUUAGUCCUGAUGGAAAAUAUUUAGCCAGUGGGUCCUUUGACAAAUGUGUUCAUAUAUGGAAUACCCAGAGUGGAACUCUAGUACAUAGCUACAGAGGCACCGGUGGGAUAUUUGAAGUCUGCUGGAACGCUAGAGGAGACAAAGUAGGAGCCAGUGCUUCAGAUGGAUCGGUGUGUGUUCUAGACCUGCGAAAAUAAAUGUUUUAGAAGAAACUGCAAAUGGACCAGCCGUGAAUGUGGAGGUAGAAGCACUCUUCAAAUGUACUUUUAACAUCUCUAGAAUGGCAAGAAUUGGGGGAAACAAACAGAAGCAGAACUCAAACAAAUAGUGCAAUUCUCCCAGGCAAAAGGAGCUUGCAACGUUUUGUCCAUCAACCUUCACCAGGGGUUUAAAACAGAAUCACUUAGGGAGGGGGGAUUUUUCCACUAGGAACCUUCAGCGUUUGGAGGCAAGCAAGAAGGUGGCCAUCAACAGCUGAAUCUGCUGUGUUUGCUUGGGGUCAGGUCUCAUUUUGACGGCUGCUAAAGAGAAGAGGAAAAGCUGUGCCAAAAACAGUAACAAUUAAAAGGAAAACAAAACCUAUGAAGCAAAAUGCUUUGAUAAACCAAAAUGGGAAAAAAAUUCUCCUCCAUGUGGUAUUGCGUUGUUUUUCUUUCUAGUUUGGACACUACAAUUGCUCUCCCAAAGGAUGUUCAAAAACCAGUUUGUAUUGAUGAUACACUCAAAUUUGUAAUCCCAACACUUUCUAUUUUCUAGACUACUAUUAUUUGUUCAGUGAUUUUUUUUUUCUUAUCAGCUGGAAUGUUAUAGCCUUGAGGAUAACAGGCAUAGAUUCAAACUGAAUUUCUCUCUCUCUCUCUCUCUCUUUCUUUCUUUCUUUUUCUUUCUUUCCACCAGUUUUUGCUUUGUCCUUUCCAUUUGUGCCUAGAGUUAAUGCAGCAGGCAGAUGGGCAUCAUUAGUGACCGCUUCUAUUUUCCUUUUCUUCUCCCCCCCCACCCAUCUUUUCUCUUAACUUUACCCUCUGAUUCUGCUACUUCUUAAAUGUUUCCAUGCUUCAGAUCUUAAAAUCUGAAGGGCACUUUCAAUAAAUUGUGUAUUAAGUGCUUUAGGUGCCGGGAAAGCUUUUUACAGAAGAAAGAUUACUUUUUAAAAAAAGAAAGAGCCCAGUGUAUUUUUGGAAUACAAAAUAAAAGUCGUAGUAUUUUUAUGUUAAACACAAUUUUGGAAACUUAAAAUAUCUACCAGUGGUUGAUUGGAUUGUGUUCCAUUAUUUAAAAGAACAAUUCAGAUGAAUCCCUAUUUAAAGAUGCAGUAUCCUUUUAAUCUUCAUGAAAGGCAGUUUGCUAAAUAACAGUUUAAAGAUUCUUUAAAUUAAUCAUGAUAUACAAAUGGGAAAAUAUGCCAUGGCAUAAAUUCAUUAGCAUAUGUUAUGACUUGAUAGAAUACUAAAACAUAAUUUCAGAAUUAUAGACUUCAAAAUGUAGCUUUCAUUAAUUUUUUCUUAAAAAAUCAUGACUUUUUAAAGGAAAAGUAUUACCAUUGGUGUACCAUGAUUCUGCUUUUAAAUAUAGUUUUGACUUCUGUUUGAAGUUAUGAAAGAAUUAACCUUAACAUUUUGCAAUGUAUAAAAAUACUAUUGUUUGCUAGCCAUAUUUAUUUACAAAUUACGCUAGAGACAAGUUUGACAGGUAGAACAUAUAUUUCAGCAUUAUUAUCUUUUUCAAAUAGUAUUCUACCCCAAGAUACUAAGCUUGAGUGCAUUAAACUCAAUGGAACUCACUUCUAAAUAGACAUGCAGGAUUUCACUGUUUAAGACAAUAAUUUAAAUUUGGCUUCAAAUCAACCAGCAGCUCUUGUAAUAUUGAAAUGAUGAAACAUUAUUCCAUCUUCUCCAUAACCAGUUCUGGAACAGAAUUCUGGACAUUUAGAUUUAAUUGAGAUACAUUUGAACCGACAGGAUACUACAUCUUUAAUAUGGUAAACAGGGGUUCCUGUAUAGGGAAUCACAAUGCCUGAUAUUCCUAGGGUUCCACAAAGAUUUGUUCUUAAUACAUAAGAGAUUGCAUUUUUAUUUUUUAUUUUAAAACAAAAAAUAUAUAAUUUUGGACCCAAGUGAUGUGCACUUUGUUUUCAUUUUUUACAGCUUUCUUUUCUUUCUUUUUCUCUACCUUCCUUCUUUCCUCCUUUUUCAAAUUAUACUUUUGGCCAUUCUCUGAUAGUCUAAAUUCCGGCUUCUGAAGUUUUAUUGUCUGUGUCAGACUUGAAGCCAGGCUUGGUUCUCAUUUCAGCAUUUCACAGAUUCUGUUCAAACAUCUCCCCUUGCCCAUUUUUUCUCUAUACCCUAUCUCCUGUCCCUCUAACACACACACACACCCCUACACUCACUCUCUUUCACCAAAUCACCCUGUGUGUUGUAAUUCAUUUGUUCCAAGAAGAAAAUCAAGAGAUCAUAUUCAGUGUCUUGAAUAAAUUGCUAUAUUUUGA